AGUGAAAAGCUCGGCGACUGACACAGACACACACACUCACACACAGAGAGCCUGACAGUCUGACACACACACGUACUGAUUCCCGCUGCAAACAUGAUGAAGUUUGUGCCCAAACUGCUGCUGCUGGUGUUGUUAGCUUUCCCGGCAACUCUGCUAAUCAAAGGGCCAGCGGUGAGCGCUCAGGAUCUGACGGAGGACGAGGAGGCCGAGGCCGUGGAUGAAGACGUUGUGGACGACGCUGCAGCUGAGGACGAGGAUGAUGAGGCGGAAGUGGAAGACGACGAGAACACGGAAUUAACGGAAGAAAAGGAGGAUGAGGAGGAAGAAGCUCUGGUCGGAGAGAUGAAGGCUUCCCCUAACGCUGAUACCACUAUCCUGUUUGUCAAAGGAGACGACUUUCCCGCCAACAACAUCGUCAAGUUCCUGCUCGGCUUCACCAAUAAGGGAGCAGAGAACUUUGUCGUGGAGUCUCUGGAUGCUUCUUUCCGUUACCCACAGGAUUAUCAGUUCUACAUCCAGAACUUCACGGCUCUCCAGCUGAGCACCGAGGUUCCUCCCAGCAAACAGGCCACCUUCGAGUACUCCUUCAUCCCCGCGGAGCAGAUGGGAGGACGGCCGUUCGGACUCGUCAUCAACCUUAACUACAAGGACACCAGUGGAAACAUUUUCCAGGAUGCAGUGUUUAACCAGACAGUCACUAUCACUGAGAGAGAAGACGGACUCGAUGGAGAGACAAUCUUCAUGUACGUCUUCCUGUCAGGCCUCGGGCUGCUUGUCGUCGUCGGCCUUCACCAGCUGCUCGAGUCCAGAAAGAGGAGGCGUCCAGCUCCAAAGGUGGAAAUGGGAACAUCGAGCCACAACGACGUGGACCUGAGCUGGAUACCGCAGGAAACGCUCAACCAGAUCAUGCAGAGUCGCCGAGACAAAGCUUCUCCCAGACGAUCUCCACGCAAAAGGAACCAGAAACGCUCGGCCGGCUCAGACGAGUGACCGCUGUCCGUCACCAUGGCAACGAUUUCACUGUCCCGUCUGUGGAAAGAAGCGGAGGAGGAGGAGGAGGAGGAGGAGGAUGAGGAGGAGUAGCGGCAGUGGCGAGCGUUAAAUCGAGCCCACGCUCCCCUCUACUGAGAAACUCUGAGCAGUGCCAAGCACAGCAACACACACACUCACACUCUGUGCCCCUUUUAGUGUAAUUUCUGUUUGUGAAGCUGAGGGAGAGAAGAAAAAUCUCCCUGUCCCAGGUUUGUUUGUUUGUCAUCACCGUGAGACAAAGGUUUUUUUUCUUCUUUUUUUUAUCGACUCGCAAGUCGUCGUCAUUUUAUAAGCAAAUAAGUUGGCGUCUACAACCACAGAUCAACAGAUUUUUGGGAUGAAUUGACCUGGAGUCGUUGCAGAAAUGUAGCUCAACUGACGGUUUAAAGCGUUGCGACGUAAACUGCCGCUGUCAUCAAUGUUUUUCUCAGUUCGCUGGAAUCACAAAAGUUAAAUCCAUGUUUGUCUUUGUCAUUCAAGAUGAAAAUUUGACGUCUACAACUGAGUACAACACUCAGUUGUAGUGUUUUGGGAGAUUAAUUGAAUGAAUGUCGUGACUGCUGUUGUCGUCAUGCAGUCGAACCACAGAAAUUAAAUCUACGUUCAUCUUUGUCAUUUUUUUUACAGAAACUUCAACAUCUUCAACCACAGAGUAUCAGAUUUUUGCUGUACUUUCUCGGACCGUUUGCGACAUCUUGUUUGCGUACGAAGUUCACAUGGAUUAAAAAACACGAUCAAGAACAAACUAUUUCCCGCAGAUUUUUCUUUUUUAGGCUCCUCCUCCAGCAGCUUUUUUUAAAACCAGAUUUUUUUUUUCGUCCGGACGGUAAAAAUGUCGGACGUGUCUGAAGCACUGGUGUAAAUAGUGCCCGAUAGAAUGUGUGAGAGAUAAAUGACUCAGCUAAUUUAUUUGUGUGACAGGAGGGGGCGGGGUUUGCUGUUCACUGUAUACCUUUUUGUUUUUUUGUACCACUAGGGGGCGGCGGGGGGAGGGGGUGAGGCGAGUGACAGGCUGUGCAGGACUGUUGUUUUCUCACAGACGUUUAUUUUUGUUUCUUCUUUUCUAAGACGACGGGGGCCGACACUUAUUCAUACAAGCUUUUACGUUCAUUUGCUUUUAAAUGUGCAGGAGAAUAAACUUGGAUGAUUUGCUGUA